GUCCUCCCGCCUCAGUCGCCACGCUGACCUGGGUCACCGGGAUGAGCCCACACGGACAGAGAGACAACCCCCGGGACUAGGAGACGGAGCCCUAGGGCCCAGGGCAUACAGCCACCUGUGUGUGCUCAUCUGUAGAGAGCGCGGCCUCUCUGGACGCUGUAUUUUAGGGGUGUGCAGGGGCAGCAUUUGAAGUUUAGAGUUGAAACCCUCCCCUGACCGGCCCCUCAAUGACCCCGGGAAGUAAAAAGGGGAAGGCCGAGGGUCUCCACUGUGCACGGAUGCAUGGAAACCCAGGAGCCAUGGAUGCAGUGGAACUGGCCAGAAAGCUGCAAGAGGAAGCCACAUGCUCCAUCUGCCUCGACUACUUCACCGACCCUGUGAUGACUGCCUGUGGCCACAACUUCUGCCGUACCUGCAUCCAGACCAGCUGGGAGAAGGCAAAAGGCAAAAAAGGGAGGAGGAGACAGAAGGGGGUCUUCCCCUGCCCAGAGUGCAGGGAGAUGUCACCCCAGCGGAACCUUCGGCCCAACCGCCUGCUAACCAAGGUGACUGAGAUGGCACGGCAGCACCACGGGCUGUGGGAGUGGGACCUGUGCCCAGCACACCGGGAGCCCAUCAAGCUCUUCUGCCUGGAGGACCAGAGCCCCAUCUGCCUGGUGUGUAGGGAGGCACAGGCACACCGGGAACACGGGGUGUUGCCUGUAGAGGAGGCCCUACAAGAGUAUAAGCUGAAGCUGGAGGAGGAUAUGGGGUAUGUGCGGGAGGAGGUGAAGAAGACAGAGAAGCUGCAGGCCAAGGAGGAGCAGGCCUUAGCCCAGUGGCAGGACAGAGUGAAGGCCCGGAGGGAGAGGAUUAUGGUGGAGUUUGAGAAGGUGGCCCUGUUCCUGGCAGAGGAGGAGCAGAGACUCCUCCAGGCCCUGAAGCAGGAGGAGGAGGAGACAGCAGUGCAGCUUCGAGACAGCAAGGCCACCCUGGAUCAGCAGCGCCGCUCACUGGACUUAUUGCUGUCACAGCUGGAGGAUCGGAGCCUUUGGGAGCCUCUGCAGAUGCUGCACGAUAUGAAGGAAACCUUAGCCAGGAAGCACAACCUGAGAGUGCAGUGCCCAGAGGUGGCUGUCCCUACGGUGGUCAGGACUGUAUGCAGGGUUCCUGGGCAGAGAGACAUUCUCCGGGGCUUCCAAGAGGAAGUGAUGCCGGACCCUGCCUCAGCAUAUCCCUACCUCCUCCUGUAUGAGAGCUGCCAGCGGCGAUACCUCAGCCCCCUGCCGGAGGCCAGUGCUGCCUGCAGCAGGGACCGGUUCCUGGCCUACCCCUGUGCCGUGGGCCAGCAAAGCUUCUCCUCAGGGAGGCACUACUGGGAAGUGGGCAUGAAUCUCCUUGGGGAUGGCCUCUGGGCCCUGGGCGUGUGUAGAAACAAUGUGAGCAGGAAGGACAGAGUGCCCAAGUGCCCUGAAAAUGGGUUCUGGGUGAUACAGCUGUCCAAGGGAAAGCAGCCACUAUCCCCAGUGCCCACCACCAUGCCUGUCACCCUCACUGAGCCUCCUAGCCACAUAGGCAUUUUCCUGGACUUUGAGGCUGGUGAGGUGUCCUUCUACAGUGUGAGCGAUGGGUCCCACUUGCACACCUACUCCCAAGCCACCUUCCCUGGGCCUCUGCAGCCGUUCUUCUGCCUAGGAGCACCCAAGUCUGGUCAGAUGGUCAUCUCCACAGUGACCAUGUGGGUGAAGGGGUAGCUUGGAUGCGCCAAGAAAGUCAUCUGCAGCACGCGGAUGGGGUACUUUCUCCAAACAGAAUCUCAAAGUUGUGAAAUGUUGAGACUACAUUGACAGGUGCUUUUUAAAGAACACUGGAA